UUUUUUUCCGCCGUCGCUGCAUCGCUCUUCGCUCCUCCGCCUCCUCCUCCUCUCUCUCUCUCUCUCUCUCGCUCUCGCUGCCAGACGACUGUUGGGCCGCCGCCGCCGCCGCCGCCCUAGGCCAGGUGCUGAGGGGUCUCUUCGCCGGCGACGAGCACCCACCAGGUACUACCACCCCUUCACCAGACAUACGGUGAAUGAUGGCAACUCUGAAAGAUGCAGCAGCAAGGAAGCCUGUACUGGCAACAAUCCGUCUUAUUGUCCCAGCUGGUGCAGCCCGUCCUGCACCUCCAGUUGGCCCAGCACUUGGUUUCUAUCGGCUCAAUUUGAUGGCUUUCUGCAAGGAUUUCAAUGCCAGGACCCAGAAAUACAAGGCAGACACUCCAAUGCAAGUCACCUUGACUGCCUACAAGGAUAGCACCUUCGAGUUUGUGGUCAAGUCGCCCUCAGUAUCAUGGUUCCUCAAGAAGGCUGCAGGAAUAGAAACUGCCAGCAGUCGCCCAGGGCACAGCAAUGUGUCAUCCCUCACUCUGCGCCACGUGUAUGAGAUUGCAAAGUUGAAGCAGGCUGACCCCUUCUGCAAGCACAUGUCGCUUGAGGCACUGUGCAAGUCCAUCAUUGGCACAGCCAACUCCAUGGGUAUUGCAAUUGUUAAAGAUCUAUGAGCAGCAUGGUCAGCCUUUUAGUCAUGAAGAAUUCUGUGACAUUUGUGUGUUCCUAGUUUUUAGUUGGUGCUGGAGAGGGUAGAACUCUUCUGUCUCACAGAUCUUUCUGCCAGUGUCAUGCCUUUCUAGGAGUAUGAAACUCUAUUAUGCAGUUCCUGGCAUAGCCUUCGGCUCAGCCUUUUUCUCUUCCUUUGUUCAUUUUGUGACUUAACUGAUACUAUGUGGUUUUACGUUGGUGCUUUAAGUAAUAAAUUAUAGUUUCAGUA